AGUCUAAAAAAUUUUUAUUGUCACAAUCCUCUUCUAAAUCUCUUUCUUCACUUUUGGAACUGCAAUCACACCAUUCAACCUCUUCUCAACAACUUUCUGCCAAUAAUAAUGAAAAGAAAAAAGAUCGAAAAUCUCUUCGUAGUCAUACGAUUCCCAAAAUAGAAGUUAAAGAGACAAAUACCAUGCUUAAAGACUAUGAUCCUACCACUGGUAAUAAGAUGAUUAACAAAUAUAUGUUAAUUAAAGAAUUAGGCAGGGGUGUACAUGGAAAAGUUAAAUUAGGAAAAGACAUGGAGUUGGGAGAGUGGGUUGCCAUCAAAAUUGUUGAUAGAGUAACACGUCGUCGUUUGGGCUCACGGAACAAUGAUCUCACUAAUGAACAAAAAAUUAGAAAAGAAAUUGCAAUACUAAAAAAAUGUGUCCACCCACAUGUUGUUAGGUUGAAAGAAGUUAUUGAUGAUCCAAUGAGUAGGAAAAUUUAUAUGG